AUGGCGACCGGCAAAAGACCCAACUUUCUGGUAAUUGUUGCCGAUGACCUGGGAUUCAGCGAUCUCUCGGCGUAUGGAUCUGAGAUCGACACACCAAACCUGAACAGGUUGGCUGAGGAGGGAAUCCGAAUGUCCGAUUUCCACACCGCAGCCUCCUGUUCGCCAACACGAGCGAUGCUUCUCUCUGGAACCGAUGCCCAUAUCGCUGGGCUUGGGGGCAUGGCGGAGCGAAUGGAUCGCUUCCCGGAUAUUUUCAAAGGAAGAGAAGGCUACGAAGGUUAUUUGAAUUUCCGAGUAGCUGCUCUACCGGAAAUUUUACAAGACAAUGACUAUUUCACAGUCAUGUCUGGCAAGUGGCACCUGGGGUUGGAAAAAGAACUGAGUCCCUCUGCUCGAGGGUUCACCAAAGUCCUCAGUACGUUGCCUGGCGCUGGGAAUCACUACAACCACGAACCGCAAUUGUAUGGAGAGAAAGAGAAGCCUCGAGCGAUUUUGAAAGAGAAUGGGCUCUGGAUGGAGCAUGAUCGGUUUAUUGAUGGCAAAACCGAUCUCCCUGAAGACUUUUACUCAUCCAAUACUUUCACGGACUACAUGCUGAAGUACCUGGAUGAGCGGAACGAAGAAGAAAAAGAACAGCCCUUCUUCGCCUAUUUACCUUUUACAGCACCUCACUGGCCAUUGCAAGCGCCCCCAGAUACUGUACGAAAAUAUCACGGUAGAUAUGACGAUGGACCCUUGGCACUCCGAGACCGCAGACUGCAAGGCCUCAUAGACAAAGGAAUUGUACUGGCCGAUGUUGAGCCCGCGCCCCUCCACACCCUCGAUACAACCCCUUGGGCCGACCUACCAGAAAAUGAACAGCGCAAGUCCAGUCGGGCGAUGGAGAUUUUUGCUGCGAUGGUCGACCUAAUCGACGUCAAUGUCGGUCGUGUCCACGAAUACCUCGAGUCUACAGGCGAAUGGGAGAAUACCUUUGUUGUCUUCAUGUCGGACAAUGGCGCCGAGGGUCAGCUUCUCGAAGCCAUUCCCAUCCUUGCAGGGGCGACGCUUGAGGAUCUUCUGAUGAAAUACUACGACAAUUCCCUCGAGAACCUGGGAAAUCACAACUCUUUCGUCUGGUAUGGUCCACAAUGGGCCUCGGCCGCAACGGCGCCAAAUCGUGGAGCUAAAUCCUAUACUACGGAAGGAGGGAUUCGCUGUCCUUGUAUUGUUAGAUACCCAACCGGCACCAAGAUGCAGCCUGGAAGUGUAUCACAUACAUUCACCACCGUGAUGGAUGUGCUUCCAACGGUUCUGGACCUGGCCGGCAUCUCACACCCGGGCAGCCAGUUUCGAGGCCGCGAAGUGGCCCCCGUGCGAGGGAAGUCAUGGCGAGCUCUGCUAGAAGCAUCUUGUGAUCAGAAUGUUACUUUAUACGAUUCCGAAAAUGAUAUUGUGGGGUGGGAGCAGUUUGGAAUUGCCGCAGUUCGGGUGGGAAAAUGGAAGGCGUUGUAUCUCCCGCCACCACGCGGAGUUGGUAGAUGGGAAUUAUAUGAUCUGUCCACUGAUCAAGGUGAAGUUCAUGAUCUGGCAGACAGUGACAAGGACAAGCUCAUGGAGAUGAUCGCGCAUUAUGAGACGUAUUUCCAAGAAUCGGGGCUAUUUGAUACGUAUACGAUGGUGCAAGAAUCGCUUAAGAGGCAGGGAGCGAAGCGAUGGUGGUAG